UCAUAUCCUGCCACCCCACACCACAACCGCAUAACAUAUUAUUCUCCAACUGCUGCAAGAUAAGCAAAACCCUAACCCUACUCUGCUUUCUCUGUUAUAUUGCUAUGGAAGAGCACAGCAACAAGAAGCGUGUCAGGGAGGACGAGGCCGAGUUUGAUUUGCCUGAAGUGAAGAAAAUAAGAGACGAUUUGUUGGAUAUUCUUGAUGAGUCGGAUCCUGAGGCGACGGCUCAAGAUCUAGACUCUGUUAUGAAGAGUUUUGAAGAGGAGUUAUCUGCCUCCUCCUCUUCUUCGCCAGUCGUUGUCGAUCUCACGUCGGAUUCCUGCGAGUCGUCCCAGCCGGAUCUUGGAUACCUUUUAGAAGCUUCUGAUGAUGAGCUUGGAUUACCUCCUUCUGUAACUUCUUCUUUGGAGGAGGAUAGAAAUGGAGUAACGGAGUUGGCGCGAGUUGACUCAGCUGGAAAUGAUGGAUUCUGGGGAUUUGAGGAUCAGAUCCCGAGUUAUGACUCGUUCGAGUUGGGAAUCGUUGAAUAUAACACCGAAUACGCGGCGUUUGAUGACGGGUUGUUUGACCAUUCCAACGUGUGUUUCGAUUCGUCCGAUUAUUCUUGGCGGCUAGGAACCAUGCCGGCCGAGUAAAGGAAGAAAAGGAUUUCUGUUCACAACAAUAUGAGACGAUACAGUUACCGUCCAUCCCGCUUAUUGUAAAUUUUUUUUAUUUUAUUUUUUGAAAAUGGGAGCUAAAAAGAUGUAUAUGUAGGGUAGGAUUGAAAUGAAAGAUGCCGUCAAUUCAUUCA